UGAUUAUUCAAAGAAUCGUCAUUGCUACCGACGCGGAAUCCACUCUUCAACUCAACCAAACAAACCCUUAUUCUUAUUAUCAUUGUCUCCGCCCGAUCUCAACCAUUUUCCGGCGAGAUCUCCACCACAUCCGUCGGAAAACCUUCACUCUCCGAUCCAACCGCCGCCGUUUGAUCUGAUUGUCGCACUGUAUUCAUAUUCACUCUCAAAACAAUGGCUCCGGUGUCGGCUUUAGCGAAAUACAAGCUCGUGUUCUUAGGAGAUCAGUCAGUUGGAAAAACGAGCAUCAUCACUCGAUUCAUGUAUGAUAAGUUCGAUAAUACUUAUCAGGCUACUAUUGGUAUUGAUUUUUUAUCCAAAACCAUGUAUCUUGAAGAUCGAACCGUUCGCUUGCAGCUUUGGGACACAGCUGGACAAGAAAGGUUCCGGAGUCUCAUUCCUAGUUACAUCCGCGACUCCUCUGUCGCUGUCAUUGUUUUUGAUGUCGCAAGCCGACAAUCAUUUCUGAACACUGCAAAAUGGAUCGAGGAGGUUCGUACUGAACGGGGUAGUGAUGUCAUCAUCGUCCUUGUCGGAAAUAAAACUGACCUUGUAGAUAAGAGGCAAGUUUCCAUAGAGGAAGGAGAAGCUAAAGCUCGUGAAUUUAACGUAAUGUUCAUCGAAACUAGUGCCAAAGCUGGAUUCAAUAUAAAGGCUUUAUUUCGGAAAAUAGCUUCUGCGCUACCGGGAAUGGAAACCUUAUCUUCAACAAAGCAGGAGGACAUGGUUGAUGUAAAUCUCAAGUCCAGCAAUGCAAGUGGGUCCCAACAGCAACCACAAUCGGGCGGGUGUGCAUGUUGAUUAGUCAGAUUCUUAAUAUACCAAGCUAGUCUCGGAUAUCUUGGAAGGUUAGUCGCUUAUACAGAAAAAGGGUUUUGCUAUGCUUGAAUUGCUUUUAGCGCGAUAUGUGUGCCUGUGUUUACAAUUUGAAAACGUUCUUUAUGUUGGGAGUUUGAAUUCUAAAGUUCUUGGAAUUUUAUUUGAGACUCGAGUUAGUUGGCAGUUUUGAUUAUCUGAAUUUCUCAUGUCGCUAUGGUUGUUGAUUGGUUAAUUUUUUCGUUGUGAUGCCGGUUAGUUA